UGCCGCGAACGGUCGCUUCCUUGUGUGACUGGUGUCCUCGAGGAGCUUAGAUCGGCACCGAGAUACCUGUACCCGAAUUACACCGUCUCCGACAGCGAGAUCACCGGGCGGCGACAUUCAACGAAAUUGCACAACCUCCGCGCCGGCGAUUUCUUAACCCGACUCCGAUUUUCCAUCGCAGUGCCGCACUCGUGACAAUUGGUCUUCAUGAUAAAUAAAAAUGUCAAACCUCGCGCAUUCAAUAAUAUUACAUCACUGUCGACGGUGUCUUAAGAAAGAAAAGAAAAUUAAUUAAAACUGCGAGCAGCGGAAAAGAAAGGAAUGAAUAAGGAUCAACAAGUGAAAGAGUAAUUUCAUUUAAGAAUAAUCGUUUGGUUAACUUUCAAUUUCAAAGGAUGUCAGAAUGAAUGGCAGCCGACCACGUUUUGUAAACAGUUUGCAAUGGAUGAUCCUAGAUACGUUUCACCGGUUGCAAUCCCGCGCGUAAACGGGGGAAAAUGAUUUAUUUUACGAUCCCUGCACGCCGCUGAUGAAACAGCCAGCAACGAAUCAGGUAUCCGCCGGUGGAAAGGAAAUGGCAGAGCCAGAGGAGGCAGAGGAAUCAGAAGAACGACGACGCAGAAGGAGAAGACGACGAGGAAGGAGACGCGAAGCUGAGGAACGUCUCUGAGAGAGCCGGAUAAUGGCUGCCACUAGCGUCGGUUCGGAGACCAGCGACGAGCAGACCGCUAAAAGAUCUUCGAAAGACUCAGACUACCCCACCCGCAACAAUGAAGAAAUAACAAGACGCAUCUCCGAGGAACUUAACAACGACGCAACAUCAGAAACCAAUUCACUCUCUAACCAUCUCACCGAGAACCUCAUCGACCAAAACAAGGAAACCAAGAACAAACCCAUCGAGUACAGCGAUCAACCAAAAAACAAUCCGAACAACUCAGAAACGGACGCAGCCAGCUUUCAAUCGUCCAAUCGAAAGCGUCCCAGCGUGGAAUUCAAAAUCACCGACGGUUCCCAGAUCACGACACCGGGGUCGAGUAACAUCCCAGGAACAUCGAUCUCCGAGUUAGCCUCUAGAGCAGACUCUAUCAAGAGCAUCAGCAAGGAUCAAGCAGAUUCUCGCAGCUCCGACCGCGUUCCGAAGAAUCACCCGGACCUGAUCUCGGAUAAGGUCGAAGGGUCCGCGGUCCCUGCGGCAGAAUUGGCUCGUAAAGUCGUUGAUUCCCUCGAAGACAGUUCGGCCGGGUCGAGCGGGAAGAGGCGAAGAGACGUAGCCGGGAGCUGGACGUCUCGAUCGACGAAUCAGGACACGAGAUCCUCCAACGACGCGGCGGCCAUUCGCGGGAGGGGGUCGAGGGUCGAGGGGGCCGAGUGCGAGAAUUGCGGCGAGCCGCACUUCUCGCAGGACAGACAGCUUUAUCUGCGGGGCUACGCCGGUUAUCUGGACGGCGACGGUUACGAGGAGAAAGAUGGCAACGGCCGCGCGGCCGGCCACGAGGCUCCCCUAACCGCCCCGGCGCUCUAUCGCAGCAGGUCCCUGCCGCGGCUGUCGAUGCACGAUAGCGGCGUCGCGUGCAGCGGGAACGAGCAAACCCCCGCCGACCGUCAAACGCAGACGGCCAAGCAAUUGGCAGCUGAUCUCAAGCAGUUGCACACUUUGAGACAACAUUAUUACCCGGAAGGAGGAUGGGGAUGGGUGGUCUUGGUCGUGGGGGUGAUGGUGCAGGUGCUGUCGCACGGGAUACACGGCGCCAACGGGAUCAUCCUGCAGCAAGUGGCUGCUGCUUACGGGAGGCGGGAGUACUUUGAGUCAGGAUGGCUGGGCGCGAUCUCAACAGGCGUCGCUUUGCUGGUUUCUCCCGUGACGAUAGCGUUCUGCCGAAGGAAAAGCACAAGACUUACAGCAGUUCUAGGCGGUCUCGUUACAGCACUCGGUUGCCUGUUCACUUCGUUCGCUACGCAGUUCCAUCAGCUGUUCUUCAGCUAUGGAACCGUUGUUGGUAUAGGAGUUGGCAUGACAAGGGACUGCAGUACGCUGAUGGUAGCGCAGUAUUUUAAACGAAGAAGGGAGUUGGUCGAGAUCUUCGUCGUGUCCGGAAGUGGCCUUGGUAUUGCCGUCAUGUCGGCUUUUAUAAAAGGAGCUAUUAGUAAAAUCGGCUGGCGUCUGGGCCUCCAGGCGGUGACCGGCGUAGUUUUUCUCACUUUUAUCCUGGGCACUUUUUAUCGAAGCGCGUCCCUCUACCAUCCGCAACGAAGGGCGAUUCUACACCUGAAAAAUCAAAAGCGCAAGAUCAAAGAUAAGAAUAAGACUGAUGACAGGCCACCCUUCUUCGAUUUCAGUACGCUCAAAAGCAAAACCGUGAGGAUACUAUUGAUGUCCACCGGAAUAUCUGCUUUUGGAAUCAAUACACCGAUAUUUUAUUUGGCGCAUCAAGUUGAAGAAGAAGGCUUGGGUGACACAGUGAUCCUGCUCCAGGCUUACCUCGGCCUAGCCUGGACCCUCGGUUGCGUGGCCUUUGGUCUUCUGGUUGUGCAUCGAAGCGUCGAAUGCAGGAUAGCGCGCCAGUACCUAACGCAAGCGGCGGUGUUCGUAUGCGGAGUGUGUAUUCUAGCCCUAACCGCCGUCCAAGGGAAUUAUCACGGAUACGUCAUGUUCGCCUGGAUUUAUGGUAUUUUCUGCGGUGGUUACCACUACAGCCUCAAAAUGUACACGUACGAAAGAGUCAGGGCGAGAAACUUCGCAAGAACGUGGGGCUUCGUGCAGUGUUCUCAGGCAAUACCGAUAGCAAUCGGAGUUCCGAUAUCAGGAUACAUGAACGUUGGCUACGGCGGGAAGGCUGGUUACUAUUUCAGCUCCACCUGCGUUCUCGUGGGCAGUUUUACCCUGUUCUUCAUUGACCUCCAUAGAAGGAAUUUGUCGAGGCACAAGCACACCAGGUCUAACGGGACCAAGCAUCUUUGCAUCUCGGACACGUGCCCGCAAAGACGGCGACUGUCGUUCAGUCAAGAACCGGACAAUGACAGUCCUCACGUGGCUGCUGCAGGAGCCGCUGCAGCUGCACUUGUUCUUGGAGCUGAAAUCGCACCAUCUCCGGGCGAGAUGAUCGACGCGUUAGCUCCAGAGAAGCCUGAACUAACGUGCAUCUCGGAGGAGGGUAUCGCGGACAUGGACCUGCCCGACAACAUGCUCGAAGAUCUAGACUACAUCGGCGACUGCAUCACUUCCUGCAACAAGGUAGAGAACUAUCUGAUGCUGUCGGAAUUCGAGAACAAUCUGAUGGCCGAGAUACCGAUCAUCACCGACCGCCGGGGCAGAAGAUGGUCCCUGGCUCGUUCAAAGGGCGACCAGUCAACGGCGGAUCGAGCCGGAGGACUUCAACCGACCAAUGAAGAGCCGAACUCAAAAUCGAAGUGGCACGUCGCGAAUCUGUCCCCCAACAAUAGAGUGAUCACCGUGAUCGAUGAAGCAAGCGCGUAACACGACACAUUGCGAUCAAGGUCAAGACACCUUGACGAAGGAUUGCACCCGAAGAUCCAUUAGAAGUCGCUGAAGACAAUUCUCUGGGUGGAUACUUCCUUUCCGGAACUUGUUAAUCUUUCUACAUACGAGAAAAAAUAAGCUGGUCCAAUUGUAAGGACGAAGUUAUGCUUGCUGUAUCUUUCGAUUGACGAUUGAUUGAUUGUUAUAGUACAAAACUAGAGAUCGUCGUUCAAUUUUUGUGCGAUGCAUAUUGUUAAGUUGAAAUUUCGAGUCGCUUUAAUUUCGUUGGGGAGGAAUGAAAGGAUUUAAGAGGCUAAUGGUUUUGAUUUCUCUUCUUUGUAUUGUUGAGCUGCCAGCAAUUGAAUUCGUCGUUUGUCUGUUCCUCUCUGAUUUUAAGGCAUCGCUAGGGAGUAUUAGGGGUAGCCUGGCAAACAGUGACACGAUAAUCUGGACAGUGUUCAGCGCCCGAUCCCAGUAAAUGAGUCACUUAAUUCGCGGUGCAAUUAAGGACAAUAACAUCGUCGGAUCUCGACGAGAGGAACCACGGAAAUGUUCCGUCCACAGCGAGAUAACCUCGACUCGUGUCGGCGUGUUUGUUUAAGCUUCGUGCCGGUUCACUGCCACGUGUAGAUUGCAAGGGUUGAACGAUCCUCGGUUGAGCAAUUGAGACACUAAACGCUAUUAUAUCGAUUCAGUGUCUGAACGAACAGUUUUAUUUGCAAUAACAACAUACGAUAUGCUAUUAAGAAAACAACCCCUAUUUUAGAAUCUCGGUGGAUGUUAAUUUCCUUCUUUUUUAACGAAACAGAUUAAUCCUGUAACAGUUCCAGAAUAUAACAAACGGAUUUCUUUAACUAAUAUUCUUGUUAUAGAUAUUCCCCUAUAAUAUUGACUGUUUAUAUUAUUAUAAACUGAAAUCUAAAAUUUACUUUAGUAAUCGUAAGCCAAUUUAAUAUAAUUCACAGACUAUUAAUAUUUUCGAAACAAUAUACAAGGAUUAAAUAAAAGUCAAUUCAAUUUUUUUAAUUUAGUCUGACAAGGGUUGCUUCUGAUAUAAAAAUUCAAAUUCAGGACCUCCACUUACAUAGUUAGUUACACUAUUUAAGAGCAUCAAGAAAUUAACAACUUCAAUAUGAAAUCGAGAUCGUUUAACUCCUGUCGAUGUGAAAAAAUAUCGAGACCUAUAUAAAGUCCUCGCAAAGAGAGUGUUUAAGAUGAAAGGUCGACGCUUGCACUUAGGCGAAGUUAGCUGAUGGUAUUGAAACUAGUCCAACCGAAGCUCGUACGCAGCGAUAAGUGGCGUAGUAUAACGAAUAACGAAUAUUGUACACAGAUGCAAGAAUUUAUCUUUGUACCGUCGUUCGGGACAUUUUCGAGAGCUUUCCGACGUGCGUUGUUCGCUCGACCGUUGUCGAUUGAACGGCUCGCGAACGGUGCGCAAAAAGUCCCAAAGGCAACGACACCUAUUUAUUUAUCGAGCUAUUUAUAUUAGACAGUACGUACGUCUUAAUACGAUCUAUAUUAUUAUCAUUAAGGUGCUCUGGAUUGAUCGAGAUCGGAAAGAAUUUUCGGUGAUUCGAAUAGAAAUUUAGACAGCGAAUUUAGUACGCGAACGAUUGAACGUUUCUUUUCUGUUGUUAGAUUAAUCGGAUUAAAGCGAGUCGAAAAUACUUAGAAGGAAAAGGUGCUAGGGAUACGUUUUAAUAAACGAAGAUCCAACCUAAUGGAUCAUUGUAAUUAAUCGACGUAAUUAAUCAUUGAUUCAGAUCCACGUUCAACGAAGAAAGAAUCGAAUAUAUUUUACGUUACGUUUAUUAUCGUUAGCGAGGUGAUAAUAUGUGACUGCUAGUCGACCGUGUUGAGUAAGGAACAACAAGGAACAAUAAAUUUCACGAAGUACCGUUCAUCGCGUGGGACUGCACAAUAAACCGAACAACAACUGAACUGCCUAUAAUUGUAACAUUGUAACGUUGUUAAUACAAAACGAAAUGUGAUUUUACCAACUACCUCAUUCUACCCACCCCAUCUUCUCUUUCUUCACUAACCCUUUGCACUCGAGAGGCAAUUCUCGUCGUCGCUUGAUUUGAUACAGCAAAAUUCUAAAGUUUGGUAUUUAAUGUUAAACAUUGUAUAACGCAUGGAUAUACGAAGCAUUGGGAAUAAAAGAGCUUUGUUCCUUAAUUCACGCGUGAUCUCUCUUCAAGUUAGUUUCAAGGAAUACGCUCUGUAUCUCAUCAGAAAAUUUUUCAGUAUUUCCAUUGAAGAACUGUCAAGUGAAAAGGGUUAAUUACACGUAGAAACGACACUCCAGCGAACGCUAGAACCGAACUAUGUUCCCGUGAACGACGAGUAUGAAAGUGCGAAUUUCAUAACUUUUAUAGCGACAGAAGUAAGAAAGAAUACUGACGAGAGAAAAAAAGAAAUAAACAGAUUAU